UUCGCCCACCCACGGCAAACAGCCCCUCUACCCGCGCUGCGCCGCGCACACCGCGGCCCCGCCUGAGCGGCGGCAGCGGAGCCGGCAGCCGUACCGCGCAUGCUCGGCAGCCGCCGCCAUUUUGGUGGGGCCGGGAGUUAUCCAGCGGGAGCGGCGGCGGCGGCGGAGCUCGCUGGGCCCGGCUCGGAGGUGGCGGCGAGUGGGUGCCCGCUGCGGAGAUGGCCAACAUCGCAGUGCAGAGGAUCAAGCGGGAAUUCAAGGAGGUGCUGAAGAGCGAGGAGACGAGCAAAAAUCAAAUUAAAGUAGAUCUUGUAGAUGAGAAUUUUACAGAAUUAAGAGGAGAAAUAGCAGGACCUCCGGACACACCAUAUGAAGGUGGAAGAUAUCAACUAGAGAUAAAAAUUCCAGAAACAUAUCCAUUUAAUCCUCCUAAGGUGCGGUUUAUCACCAAAAUAUGGCAUCCUAAUAUUAGCUCAGUUACUGGGGCCAUUUGUUUGGAUAUUCUGAAAGAUCAAUGGGCAGCAGCAAUGACUCUAAGAACAGUGUUGUUAUCUCUGCAAGCAUUGUUGGCAGCUGCAGAACCAGACGAUCCACAAGACGCAGUAGUGGCAAACCAGUACAAACAAAAUCCAGAAAUGUUUAAACAGACAGCUCGACUUUGGGCACAUGUGUAUGCUGGAGCACCAGUUUCUAGUCCAGAAUACACCAGAAAAAUAGAAAACCUUUGUGCUAUGGGCUUUGAUAGGAACGCAGUAAUAGUGGCCUUGUCUUCAAAAUCAUGGGAUGUAGAGACUGCAACAGAAUUACUCCUGAGUAACUGAACCAUGUAGAGAGCUGCUUCGGUUGUCCAGCUUGCCCCUUCUGGAGGAGCAUCACCAUCUGUUAUUUUUAGGAUUCUCUAUAGAUUCUCUUUUAAAACUGGCAUUCUUGCCUGAUGAUGCUAUCUAGGCACUAUUGGAGACUGAAAAACCGCUCUGUAAAUAAAGCUAAUUAAACGUCUGUGUAAAUUUAAAAAGGGGAAAUACUUUAAUUUUUUUCUUACUAAAUAUUGUAAAAACUCUUUGAGCUCAGCUAAGAUAAUGGGGGAAAAACAUGCCUACUUUCGUGUUUAGCAGUGUGACGAAAACUAGCAGGAACUUUCUUCAGGAUUUUGAUUUAGUAAUUCAGAAAGCAACAUUUUUGAGUGUUAGUCAUCAAAAUUGUUGGUGCCGCUCAUCACAGCUAUCUUACUGUUCUUAACAUGGAUCCUAUGUGCCUGUGGAUUGACCUAUAUUUGCAUGCUUGUACUUAUAGACGUAUUAGGUAGGGUCGCUGAAGAGAGCACCAUUUAAAUACUCGAGUGUUCUUGUACCUAUUUUCCUGAAAGACUUAAAAAGAUUUACCCAAAGUUUGAAAUGGUGACCUGUUCAGAACCUUUUUCUUCGUAGCCUAUUAAUUGGGAAACCGGAUUCUCUUCUCCCUUACGUCAUACAGCUAAGAACCCUCCCUAGAUUAUCCUUCAUUCUGUUGGUAUUGUGUGCCAUGUAUGGUAGUCUAGGCUCGCCUAUGAAGAACAUGUUUUGAAUUACCAAUGAUUUUCAUCUGUCAUAUUUUCUACGCACCUGGUAAGGGUUUAGUAUGCCUUGCUAUAGCACAAGAAUGGAGCUGGUUUUCUUUCCUUUUUUUUUCUUUUUGUCUUAAGUGGAUGUAAAAUGUUCUUCAGUAUAUCUUGGAUAAUAUGACUUCACUGGAUUUGAAGGAGGAAAAAGCUAAUUCUCUGGCAUACUGAGAAUUAUAUUUUCUUUUGAGUACUUGAUAUGAUGCAAUCAGCUGUUUUUGCAGCAGUUUUCUAGCUUUAUUUUGGGCUUCAGUUUAAGGAUUGCUUUCCAGGUACUUGAAAACUCAUCUACUUGCUCGCGUUUUUCUCUAGUUGACACAUGGAGGCUGUGUUGGUGUUUUUACUGUACAUACUUCAAAUGCACAUAGAAGUUUGUUCUCAAUUUAUCUUUCUUUUGGAUUGAUGUUUCUGAUAAACGAGAACUGAAACUUACCUUGGCUUGUACAUACAGUCAGUCUUCUUAUUCGUAUUAAAAUGACAUUUCAUCCUGAGUGCAAAAGCUUGAAAAUUAUUAGUUUUGCAACUUCAAACACUAGUACAUCUAUUUAAAGAGAGCUGCAAUGUCUUUAUGAAUAUAAUGCUAACUUUUGAGAAUAUAUCUGACAAGGAAGUUCAGUGAAAUCCUGAGAAUAGAGUGGGCAUUGUCUGUGCGGUACCAUACGAGUUGUUUUUCCACAACUGCUUCUUUUCCUGAAGAGUGUGUUAACGGGGCUGGGGUGGGGAGAUACGUGUCUGGUUGGGCUUUUUCUUGGACUAUGAAGUGCAGGUUGAAAUAGUUUCACCAUUCAUAGAGGUUUGUUUAUAAGUUGUGCUUGAUGAGAUCAGGAACGUUGUACCUGAUCAGUAUCUGGAGCAUAGUUGUUGUGGGACAGAACCAGAAAAUAGAGCUGUGCAGACCUAACUCUUCGGGGAUGUGCCCUGAACUCUUCUGUCCCAUGCGUCCAAGCUUAAAAUAUUUUGGGGCACAGACAGUAAAUACUUCUAACUCAUAUCGGUGCAAUACUAAAUGCAUUUGCUUAGUCUUACACGUACUGCUUUUUGAGGUGUAGUCAGUGAUGGCUUUUCUUGGAUUUUCCUGAGUUAGUGUAAAUCAUUCUUGAAGAUGCCAAAGGAAACAAAUUGUUUUGUCUUUCUUUGUAUUUAUUUAUUUUUUUUAAACAAGAAGCUGCUACUGUUCAGCUGGUUUGCUAGGUGAGAACCAGGGACGGUAGGAAACUGGCAGAACGCCACUAGUGUUAACCUCAAGUUGCUGUCUUUUCUGUUAUACAGGGUAAGAACUUGAUUACAUCGACGUCUUUUGUUGUUGUUGUGUUGUUUUAUCCCAAUGGUAAUUACAAAUUGCUGACUCCUUUCCCUUGCUCUUCGCUGUUGUUCAUCAAAAAGAAGGAACUAGGAAAUCAUUGUCAGGGGAUAUAAAACUUCUGCUAUGGGCUCCUGAAUGUGUCUUUUGAUGAGAUGGUCUCCUGAGAACACCCACUGGAACCACGUGUCCAGAGAUACCCAGAUUUCCUGAACUGCGUAUAAAGGAAGAUGGGGAGGGAAGAAGAGCAGAAAUUUUGAGGUGGUCAUGGUUACCACUGAAACAAAACUCUGUUAAGUUUUAUUCCUCUUGUGAAGUUACCUCAUUUUCGGCUCCGUAGAAGAAUGCUUGUCUUCCCCUUUCCCCUUAUGUGUAGGUGCUGGACGCUAUUUUUUGCCCUCCAUCCACGUGCUUUACUGCAGAGAUACCAUGAUGCUAGCCUAGGUGCUGGCAGAGGGCAGCUUCUCAAGGCCUGAGCUAGGAAGGAGAGAUGCCCUGGCAUUAAGGAGACAUCAGUGGGCUCAAGUCCCCAAGUUCUGAUGUUAGUCCUUUAUAAGGAGCGGUUUUGUCUUCUCGAUAAUUAUCACGGUUGCAUAUAGGAAUAAGGUUGUACAAGGUUAGUUCAACUGCAGCUGGGGCUGAGCCCGAGGGAGUUUACAGUGAGUGUUCAGCUCACUGAGUUUGUACAAAAUGUAGUUCUGUUUUCUGCGUGAGCAUUGCUGCAUUCAGGGCCCCGCAGGUUUGCCAACGCAGAGCUGCCACGCGGGUCGCUCUGCUGUGGGCUCGGGCUGCACUUUUUCCUCUUGCUUAAAAAAGGAAUGUUAAAUGUGGGGACAGUUGCUUGCUAAGUACAAAUAAAUCUUGUAUUGUCUUCCUUCAGUAUUUAAGAAAACAGCUUGAAACAGUAAUUCGGAAGUCCAGAUGGCCCAAUUUUUCUAAACAAGGUGUUGUUAAUGGAGCGUACAGAUUUCCAGAGCAUCAGACCUCACUACUCAAUGUGCAUCUGGUGAAGAGGUGGGUGGGGAACCGGCAGCUCCUAUCUCAUCCACUUCCUCAAAAAGCAAAGUGUAAUUUUGCACAGAGGUAAAGGAAUGUUCUGUUGUGUUGCCAAAAGCUCUGUUUUCCUUGGAGUGCCAAACUCCAUCGCUGGCCUCUGGUCCCCCUUGCCAAACUCACAGCUUUCUCCGUUGUGUCUGUGAAGGAGCUGUGCUCCCGGUCUGACCAACUGGGCCCUUUUGGACAAGACCUAGUGAUGUAUCCUUCCAGAAAGUUGUGGCACGUGAUGCUAUUCCCGCGUGUUCCGAACUUCCCACUUGUGGCAAAAAGCACACCAAGCAGCGCCGGAACUUGGGGUGAGGCUCGUGCCAGCUGCAGGGCACGGGGCGCUGUGCCUGACUCAGGAGUUAGCUGGGGAGCCGGGCGCCAAUGGGCUAGGAAUGUCUUUUUUCUUCGUUUUCUUUCUUUUAAAUCUGAACGGAGGAGUUAAAUAGCCAGGAAGGAGCCUGCUUUGUGAUGCUGAGCCUGUGGUGAGUGGUGUGGGUAACAAACAUUUGAACUAUGCAAAUUUUAAGCUUAACAGCUGUGAAUCAGUCUAGGCGCUUGAAAGCCUGCGGAGUGCUGAUUUAAUGGGAGGAGGAAAAUCGAACCUGAAACAUAGUUUCAAGCAAGAGUUCUUGUCUACUGCAUCUGUUAAUGUGAAAUGUUCUGUUUUCAGAGCAAGGGGAAGAAGCUUGACUGUGUGCGUGUCCCUUGUUUCCUUCCUGAAUACCAACAAAAGCUGGCUUAGGGUUGGAGGCUUGCUCAAAGGCGAAUAGGAUAACCAAUGAAGCAGUGUUAGUUUGGUUUCAUGUCUGCUUAUGAGCAGCCUCAAGAAGGUCAGGUGUCCUCUCCUGCCCUAUUUGUUGAUGGCAGAAGUUGAUCCAAAGCAUGUGGAGGAGCAUAGCUGCUGAUUGAUGAUCUGGUGAUGUGCUCUGCAGGACUUGAUGAGCUGAGAACGCCUUUAUCGUUCAUGCCAUCUAUUGCACCGCCCAGCUGCAGCGGGAAGCGAAGGCGCUCACUGAGUGCCUCGGGCCUUGCCUGGGAAGGCCACGUAGGUGGUUUUGCUGUGAAUCGUCCCCAUUUUCCAGGCAGAGCCUUUUCCUAUGGCUAGAUUGAAGGGCAGCGGCUUCUUCCCUCUUGUUCAUUUUCUGAUCUGUUCCGAAGCCAUGGGUGACAGCGCGCAGCUCGCUCUUCUGCUGGUGCUGCAUCCUCGGCUGAGUCAGCCAUAGCCUCAUCAUAAGCCCAACUGUCUUCAAUGCAUUUUGCUUCUCGCUUGGCUAUUCCAGCUGUGGUGCUGUAUAGUUAGCAACUCAUCUUUUCAGAUCUGCUCUCAUUCAGCAAACUCUUAGAACCCGUUUGCACUGUACCGUGACGUGAUGUUCCUUCUCCGCGGUUACCUGCUUUGUAGGCAUCCGCCUCGCUGGCCAGCUGCUUCUGGGGCCAAGCCUUUCCUUGCUGGUGUCAGCUGCGAGCUGUGACUCAACAGCUGAGGAAUCGUACUGUGAAAAUGCUCUACCUGCCCACUGCUGCUGCUGGGGGGGCUGGAAGAGGCUGCCCUCAUAACGCUGAUGUCAGCUGUGGAAGAACCCCGCUUUUCACUUCUCCAUCUGAAAUUCUGACUUUUCUUAAAAAAAAAAAAAAAAAAAAAAAAAAAACCUAAAAAAUACAUUAAAAAAAAAA